GUAUUGCAGUCAUGUCUAAGCCCCGAUACAAGACUGGAGAUAAAAGGAAGGCAGACUCUGACGACGACUCAGAGUCUGGAAACCCCGGUGGCUCAGAAAGUGAUUCUGUUUCCGGUCCGUCAAAGAUUUUCAAAGACCCGAUUCAUGGGACUAUACGGGUGUCGGGUCUGUGUCUGAUGAUAAUAGACACCCCACAGUUUCAGAGGUUGAGGUAUUUGAAGCAGCUCGGAGGAGGUUACUUUGUAUAUCCGGGCGCAACACACAACCGUUUUGAGCACAGCAUCGGAACUUACUACCUGGCUGGUAAAUUUGCUCGGAUUCUGAGAGAGAAACAGCCUGAACAGUUUGAAGAAGAUGAUAUCAAGUGCAUUGAAAUAGCAGGACUUUGCCACGAUCUCGGACACGGCCCGUUCUCACACGUCUUUGACAAAAGGUUCAUACCUCGAGUGAAACCAGACAGCAAGUGGAAGCAUGAGGAUGCGUCAGUGAAGAUGCUGGACCACUUACUUGAAGACAAUGAGGACGUGAAGAAGGCCUUUGAUAAGUUUGACACAAAUGGGUCUCGUCUGAAGCUGAUCAAGGACAUCAUUUUAGGUCAAAAACCAACAGUUAAGUAAUGUGCCUACAGUAUGGGAAAAGGGAAUAUGAAUUUGGUACCAUGUGUAUGUAUAUG